AUGAAUUCUAUGGACAGGCACAUACAGCAGACCAAUGACCGGCUGCAGUGCAUAAAACAGCACUUACAGAAUCCUGCAAACUUCCAUAAUGCAGCUACAGAGCUCCUGGAUUGGUGUGGAGACCCGAGAGCUUUCCAGAGACCUUUUGAGCAGAGUCUGAUGGGCUGUUUGACGGUUGUUAGUCGAGUGGCAGCACAGCAAGGAUUUGACUUGGAUCUUGGAUACAGGCUACUGGCCGUAUGUGCAGCCAACAGGGACAAAUUCACUCCAAAAUCAGCUGCACUGCUUUCGUCGUGGUGUGAGGAGUUGGGACGGCUCUUGCUGCUUCGUCACCAGAAAAGCCGGCAAAACGAUCCUCCUGGGAAGCUACCCAUGCAACCCCCCAUGAACUCUAUGAGCUCCAUGAAACCCACACUCUCUCAUAGUGAUGGGUCUUUCCCCUAUGACUCUGUUCCUUGGCAGCAAAACACCAACCAACCACCAGGUUCUUUAUCAGUGGUCACUACAGUAUGGGGUGUGACUAAUACCUCCCAAAGCCAGGUGCUGGGAAACCCAAUGGCAAAUGCCAAUAACCCUAUGAACCCAGCAGGAAACCCCAUGGCUUCUGGGAUGACUACCAGCAAUCCUGGCAUUAAUUCCCCUCAGUUUGCUGGGCAGCAGCAGCAGUUUUCAGCCAAGGCAGGCUCCGCUCAACCUUAUAUGCAGCAGGGCAUGUACGGGAGACCCAACUAUCCCGGAAGUGGAGGCUUUGGCGGGAGUUACCCUGGUGGCCCAAAUACUCCUGCGGGAAUGGGGAUCCCUCCACACACGAGGCCGCCUGCAGAUUUCACUCAGCCGGCUGCAGCUGCCGCCGCAGCUGCAGUGGCAGCCGCAGCUGCCACAGCAACAGCUACAGCUACAGCCACUGUAGCAGCCCUUCAGGAAACCCAGAACAAGGACAUGAACCAGUACGGACCGAUGGGUCCGACUCAGGCUUACAAUAGCCAGUUCAUGAAUCAACCUGGCCCUCGCGGCCCUGCUUCUAUGCCAGGCAGCAUGAACCCAGCGAGCAUGGGAGCCGGAAUGACAGCUUCCAGCAUGAGUGGGCCGCCUAUGGGUAUGAGCCAGCCGAGGCCCCCUGGGAUAAGCCCCUUCAGCAGCCAUGGGCAGAGGAUGCCACAGCAAGCUUACCCAGGCCCACGCCCCCAGUCUUUGCCUAUACAGGGCAUGAAGAGACCGUACCCAGGAGAGCCAAAUUAUGGAAACCAGCAGUAUGGACCAAAUAGCCAGUUUCCUACCCAGCCUGGUCAGUAUCCAACUCCCAACCCUCCAAGACCUCUUACAUCUCCCAAUUACCCUGGACAGAGGAUGCCUACCCAGCAAAACACGGGGCAGUACCCUCCUCCGACAGUCAACAUGGGACAAUAUUACAAGCCAGAGCAGUUUAAGGAACAAAAUAGCCUUUUGGGAGUGACCCAUGGCUAUUUACAAGGGAAUCUUAGUUUGCCAUCAAGGCCUGUACCUGUGACAAAUUACCCUCACUCACCAGUUCCAGGAAACCCCACACCACCCAUGACUCCAGGGAGCAGUAUUCCACCAUACCUGUCACCUAACCAGGAUGUCAAACCACCAUUCCCACCUGACAUUAAGCCAAAUAUCAAUGCUUUACCGCCACCUCCAACCAACCACAACGAUGAGCUGCGUCUGACAUUCCCUGUGAGAGAUGGGGUGGUGUUGGAGCCCUUUCGGCUGGAGCACAACCUGGCGGUCAGUAACCAUGUCUUUCACCUGCGGCCAACCGUCCAUCAGACGCUGAUGUGGAGGUCUGACUUGGAGCUGCAGUUCAAGUGCUACCACCAUGAAGACAGACAAAUGAACACAAACUGGCCAGCAUCGGUCCAGGUCAGCGUUAAUGCAACCCCUCUUACCAUUGAACGUGGCGACAACAAGACAUCUCAUAAACCUCUGCACCUAAAGCACGUCUGUCAGCCGGGAAGAAACACAAUUCAAAUUACAGUAACAGCAUGUUGUUGUUCACACUUGUUCGUGUUGCAGUUAGUCCACCGGCCAUCAGUUCGUUCUGUGCUUCAAGGCUUGCUAAAGAAACGUCUUCUCCCAGCAGAACAUUGUAUCACUAAGAUCAAGAGGAACUUCAGCAGUGUGGCAGCCUCCUCUGGCAAUGCAACACUAAAUGGUGAGGAUGGAGUGGAGCAGACAGCUAUUAAAGUGUCUCUGAAAUGUCCAAUCACAUUCCGGCGAAUCCAGCUCCCAGCGAGAGGCCAUGAUUGCAAGCAUGUACAAUGCUUUGAUCUGGAAUCUUACUUGCAACUGAACUGUGAACGAGGAACUUGGAGGUGUCCUGUAUGCAAUAAAACUGCUCUACUGGAGGGCUUGGAGGUCGACCAGUAUAUGUGGGGUAUUCUGAAUGCUAUACAAAACUCUGAGUUUGAAGAAGUUACAAUCGACCCAACGUGCAGUUGGAGGCCAGUCCCUAUAAAGUCAGAUAUUCACAUCAAAGAUGAUCCAGAUGGCAUUCCUUCCAAGAGAUUUAAAACCAUGAGUCCCAGCCAGAUGAUCAUGCCAAAUGUGAUGGAGAUGAUUGCAGCUUUGGGUCCCGGCCCAUCACCUUACCCAUCCCUUCCACCUCCACCAGGGGGCAAUAACUCCACUGAGUAUGGUAACCAAGGCAACAGUUACCAAGGUCAUGGCAAUUUUGAUUUCCCUCAUGGGAAUCCUGGUGGAACUUCUAUGAAUGACUUCAUGCACGGGCCACAGCUGUCUCACCCUCCAGACAUGCCAAGCAGUAUGGCAGCUCUUGACAAACCCCUCAGUCACCCCAUGCAAGAAUCAAUCCCUCAUCCUGGCAGCACUGAUCAAUCCCAUAGUUCCAUGCAGCAAGGUUUGCACGUACCUCACCCCAGCAGCCAGUCAGGGCAGCCAUUACAUCACAGUGGUCCUCCUACCCAGCAGUCCCGGCAGCCACCACAGGCCGCUUCUAGCAACCAUCCACACAGUGACCUGACUUUUAACCCCUCCUCAGCCUUAGAAGGUCAGGCUGGUGGACAGGGAGCAUCUGACAUGCCGGAGCCCUCACUGGAUCUGCUUCCAGAACUCACAAAUCCAGAUGAGCUGCUUUCGUACCUGGAUCCUCCCGACUUGCCAAGCAAUAGCAAUGAUGACCUUCUCUCUCUCUUUGAGAACAACUGA